CGAGGAGGCCUCGCGAGAGCCGGCCCCCUGCCCCUGACAGGCGGGCGCGCUUUCUGGGCGUCAUGGGAGGGCUCUGGCGUCCGGCUUGGAGACGCGUUGUUUUCUGCGGGUGGCCUUGGAGCCACCUUGGGCGCCCAACCCGGGCUGCCGAGAGGACAGAGCCGUGUCUCAGGCCGGGGAGGAGCGGACCGGCGGGUACUGAGCAGGGGCUGAGGCGGCUCGGGACAUGGAGGCGCCCGAGCCCGGCGGAGCAGCCGCUUCGGCGGCCGAAGAGCACGAACCCCUAUACGCGCUCGCAGGAGGAGGACUGGCGGCGGCGGAACAAGACGGUCCUCACCUACGUGGCCGCGGCGGCGGUGGGCAUGCUGGGCGCGUCCUACGCCGCCGUGCCCCUUUACCGGCUCUACUGCCAGACUACUGGACUUGGAGGAUCAGCAGUAGCAGGUCAUGCAUCAGACCAGAUUGAAAACAUGGUACCUGUUAAGGAUCGCAUCAUUAAAAUCACCUUUAAUGCAGAUGUGCAUGCAAGUCUCCAGUGGAACUUUAGACCUCAGCAAACAGAAAUAUAUGUAGUGCCAGGAGAGACAGCACUGGCAUUUUAUAAAGCUAAGAAUCCUACUGACAAACCAGUAAUCGGAAUUUCUACAUACAAUGUUGUACCAUUUGAAGCUGGACAGUACUUCAAUAAAAUACAGUGCUUCUGCUUUGAAGAACAAAGGCUUAAUCCACAAGAAGAAGUAGAUAUGCCAGUAUUUUUCUACAUUGAUCCUGAAUUUGCUGAAGAUCCAAGAAUGGUGAAUGUUGAUCUCAUCACUCUUUCUUACACUUUUUUUGAAGCAAAGGAGGGGCAUAAGUUGCCACUCCCAGGCUAUAAUUCAAAUCACCAAUUAAGUCCUCCUUCAAAUUUGUGAUUUUUAAAAAAUCAUAUACCUUGUCGUCUCAGAGAAGUAUUUAAAAUAAUAUAAAGCCUUCUGUUUUAAAUGUUAUGUACUGAUGGUUCUUUUCUUCCCAAGUCAUUUAUCCUACUUAGAAUGUAUGAGUUCAAAACCAUGUAUGUUGGCAGAAAUUUGAUGGUUCAGCUCCCCUUGUAGGUUAUCAGCACUUCGUACAUGUAGCAAUAAACUUUUUAUUAUUAUUUCUCAAA